AGCUUUGGGGACCGUGAGGGAUGCUGUGCAGACAGCAACUUCUGGGAUAAAGUGCACCUCCCACUGGCGCGCCACUAGGGCUUUGCCCGCCACUGUCGCUGAAUGAUUGCGUCACUGAGGGCGGAAAACCAGCUUUGCAUACCUUUUCGACUUCUGACCAACCGUCCUUGGCAUAUUAGCCCUAAGAAGGUGGAAGUCGAGGUUGGCGGGAUUUGAGAAUUUAUCUUACACCUCGCAAUCUCAGGACCUCAUGGAGCCCAGAGGAGCUACCGAGGGAGGAGCAGGGAAGACAGAAGUAGCUGAGCCUUGGAACAAACUUCCCUGCCCAACACCCUCACUAUCCACAAACCCUGCCCUCUACUCUGGGCCCUUUCCUUUCUACCAACGCCCUUCGGAACUGGGCUGCUUCUCCCUGGAUGCACAACGCCAGUACCAUGGAGAUGCUCGAGCCUUGCGCUACUACAGCCCACCCCCAACCAAUGGUCAAGGCCCCAACUUUGACCUCAGAGAUGGAUACCCUGAUCGAUACCAGCCCCGAGAUGAGGAGGUCCGAGAGGGACUGGACCACCUGCUACACUGGCUCCUGGAGCACCGCGGCCAACUGGAGGGGGGUCCAGGCUGGCUGGCAGGGGCUAUCGUGACAUGGCGGGGGCACCUGACAAAACUGCUGACGACGCCAUAUGAGCGGCAGGAUGGCUGGCAGCUGGCGGCCUCCCGGUUCCAGGGGACGUUGUACCUGAGUGAGGUAGAAACACCAGCUGCUCGGGCUCAGAGGCUUACUCGGCCACCCCUCCUCCGGGAGCUUAUGUACAUGGGAUACAAGUUUGAGCAAUACAUGUGUGCAGACAAACCCGGAGGCUCCCCAGACCCCUCUGGGGAAGUUAACACCAAUGUGGCCUUCUGCUCUGUGCUUCACAGCCGUCUGGGAAACCACCCUCUGCUCUUCUCAGGGGAGGUAGACUGCAUAGACCCCCGGGCACCAUCCACACAGCCCCCCACCUGCUAUGUGGAGCUCAAGACCUCCAAGGAGAUGCACAGCCCAGGCCAGUGGAGGAGCUUCUACAGACACAAACUUCUGAAAUGGUGGGCUCAGUCAUUCCUUUUGGGGGUCCCAAAUGUUGUUGCUGGCUUCCGUAACCCAGAGGGUUUCGCCUGUUCCCUCAAGACCUUUCCUACCAUGGAGAUGUUUGAACACAUCAGGAAUGACCGUAACAGCUGGAAUCCCUCUGUGUGUAUGAACUUCUGUGCUGCCUUCCUUAGCUUUGCCCAGAACACAGUUGUCCAGGAUGACCCCAGACUCAUCUACCUCUUCUCCUGGGAGCCUGGCAGCCCAGUCACGGUAUCUGAACAUCGAGAUGCACCCUAUACUUUCCUGCCCAUGUGGUACGUGGAAGCCAUGACCUAGGACUUCCCAUCACCCCCUAAGACACCCUCCAAGGACUGAUGCUUCAGAGGUGCAGGCCUGUCUCUAUGUGCACAGAUAAAAGCAUAUUUCUAGGUG